AUGAUGGACGAGUUGGAUAUCAAAGAUACCGCGGGACAUGGAACGCAUGUUUGCACAUCAAUCUGCGGCAACGGUCUACAAAAUGGCGACAUUCGAGUUCGGGGCGUAGCUCUAGGCGCGACACUUAUGGUUCAAUUUAUCGCACAAUUCUCUAAAGAUCCCAACAAGGGUGCCAUCGAAGUCCCCAUGGAUCUAAGCCUUCAUCUAUUCUCAAACCCUUACAGUCUCGGAUAUCGUAUCCAUAUCUGGGAUGCGAAGACUGGUCAGUUAGGAUACAAGGGUCAAGCGUGGGACAUUGACAAGUUUCUCAUCGAACACCAAGACUUUGUCGUUCUGGUAGCAGUUGGGAACACUGCUGAUAAGACAAAGUCCAAGAGCAACCAUAUCGGUGCUGCUGGCUCGGCUUUCAACUGCAUCACUGUUGGGGCUACUGGAACAACACGUCCUAAUGAUGACUACUCAUUUGGCAGUGAGGUUGAUGCAAAGCCGAUGACGCGAAUCAACGACACUGCCAAGUUCAGUAGUAGAGGUACGACCAAACCAGGACGCGACAUCAACGGCAGUGAGUAUGAUGGUCGAAUCAAGCCCGAUGUUGUAGCACUAGGUGUGGCCAUCUUGUCAGCCGCGCCAAGAGCAAUGGUCAAAGAUUCGAGAAACAGGGUGAAGUAUCGGCGCUCGGGAGAUAAUGACUGGACUUUCAUGUCAGGCACGAGUAUAUCGACGCCUCUCGGUGCUGGUUGUGUAGCAUUCCUUCGCGAGGCCCUCCAAGAACAUGGCAAAAGGUAUCCCAGCGCGGCACUCGUCAAGGCACUACUCGUCAAUGGCGCUGUGAACUUCUCUGAACAACUUGGUCUUGGGCUUGGCUACGACUAUGAUCAAGGGUUUGAACGAGUCGACAUUGACAGCUUAAUCUCUAUGGUGAAGCUGUCCUCGUUCAUCGAUGGUGGAAAGCUCUUUGAGGAUACGCAAUUCGAUGUGGCACCUCUACGAAAAGUAACCGAGGAAGAGAGACAAUGGAGUAGCUCUCCAAUUCCUGUUCCAGCUGGAAGAAACCGACUGACUGUGACUCUAACCUCCCCGGAUAGGCCGGCGCAGUCGGGGUUGAUGCAGAAUGAUAUCAAUCUCAUCAUACUCUCAGGUGAAGCUGAACGACACGGAAAUAUGAGCAAAAGCUCAGGUUUCGACCACAUCACUAACCUUGCUUUAAACAAUGUCAAGAAGAUUAUCUGGGAGAACGUGCCGGGUGACACGUUCAAGAUUGUCGUUUCCAUCUGGACUAACAUUGAUGUCAAGGCACCUACAUCAUUCGGAGUGUGGGAUAUCCGUCCCUUGGCAAGACUUUAA